AUGGACAUGUUGGACCCCGAAGUAGAUUUAGAUGUGCCUGCUGAAGCGGAGGAACUGAAAGCAGCUGGUUCGCGACCGCCACCGGUGAAUAGCGAUUACUUACCUCUUCCGUGGAAGGGCCGCUUGGGUUAUGCCUGUCUCUGCACGUAUCUGCGAAACUCCAAUCCCCCUGUUUUUAGUUCCCGGACUUGCCGAAUCGCGUCCAUUCUCGAAAACCGUCACCCUUUGAAGGACCCAGCCCAGCCUCCGCAUCCAACGAAAAACCGCCCAGACCGGGACCAAUCUCCUGAUAUUGCAAGGGGUGAGGCGUAUGUUCAAGCCCUUGGGCUCGCGAACGUAAGAGAUACCAUAAAGAUGCUGCGCUGGAACGAUCGCUAUGGUAUCCGGUUUAUGCGAUUGAGCAGCGAAAUGUUCCCGUUUGCCAGCCACCUCGAGUAUGGAUACAGGCUUGCCCCAUUUGCGUCGGAGGUUUUGGCGGAACUUGGUCAAGUGGCCGCAGAGUUAGGCCAUAGGGUAUCUGUCCACCCUGGUCAAUUCACACAGCUGGGCUCGCCACGUCGGGAAGUCAUCGAAAACUCGAUUCGAGAUUUAGAAUAUCAUGCCGAACUGUUGAGCCUUCUCAAUUUGCCAACACAACAGGACCGCGAUGCGGUCAUGAUCUUGCACAUGGGAGGAAGUUUUGGAGACAAGCCAGCAACUUUGAAGAGAUUUGAGGAGGUUUAUAAAACCAUUUCCAAAGACAUUAAGAAAAGGUUGGUUUUAGAGAACGACGAUGUUAAUUGGACAGUGCACGAUUUAUUACCCGUGUGCGAAAAGCUCAAUAUCCCUCUAGUGCUUGAUUAUCACCAUCAUAAUAUCAAUUUUGAUGCUGAUAAAAUCCGCGAGGGUACCUUGGAUAUCAUGAGUUUGUACAGCCGGAUUAAAGCAACGUGGACUAAAAAGGGCAUCACUCAAAAGAUGCAUUAUUCAGAGCCUACCCCGUCAGCUAUCACAAAGAUGCAGCGGCGGAAGCACAAUCCAAGAGUGCAAAUGCUACCACCGUGUGAUCCAGCAAUGGACUUGAUGAUUGAAGCGAAGGAUAAAGAGCAAGCAGUUUUUGACCUAAUGAGAACCUAUAAACUUCCUGGUUUUGAGAAGAUUAAUGAAGUUAUCCCCCAUACCAGGCCUAGUCCAGCAGAGGACGGUUUGGAUAUGGGAGGACCCGAAGGAAGGGUUUACUGGCCUCCGGGUAUGGAGCAUUGGCUUCGGCCAGAGAAACGAAUUGUUAAACGGAAAACAGAGAAUGGGACGCCAGGCCCAAAGAAACGUACGCGUGCCAAAACUAAAGUCAUGAUGGCGGAGUCGGAAGAAGAGUUGGUGAUUCAAGCCAAACCUGCCAGGAAGAAGGCCUCGAAGACGAGGGCGAAAAAGUCUUGA